AUGGGGGAGCACCUGCCGUGGGAGACUGACGGCUUGCAUCCUCUGGAGAGGCAGCUCCACGAGGCCGCCCGCCGGAACAACAUCGGGAGAAUGAAGGAGCUGAUUGGGAGAAGAGUCAACGUCAGGGCCAGAAACCAGGUGGGCAGGGUGGCCCUGCACUGGGCCGCAGGCGCGGGGCACGAACAAGCUGUACGGCUGCUUCUGGAGCAUGAGGCCGCUGUGGACGACGUGGACGCGGUACGGGGCCCUUUUGGGGAGGCGUGUCUGUGUUUUGGGAUGAACGCGAUUCUCCUGUCUGCCUGGUUCGGCCACUUACAGAUUCUUCAGAUCCUGGUUAACUCGGGAGCCAAGAUCCACUGUGAGAACAAGGACGGUCUAACCUUACUGCACUGCGCAGCCCAGAAAGGCCACGUGCAGGUGCUGGCAUUCAUAAUGGAAGACCUGGAGGACGUGGCCCUGGACCGUGCUGACAAGCUGGGAAGGACAGCGUUUCACCGGGCUGCCGAGCACGGGCAGUUGGAUGCUCUGGACUUCCUUGUGGGCUCUGGCUGUGAUCACAGUGUCAAAGACAAGGAGGGGAACACGGCCCUUCACCUGGCCGCUGGCAGGGGCCACCUGUCUGUGCUGCAGCGACUCGUGGACAUCGGGCUGGACUUGGAGGAGAGGAAUGUGGAAGGUCUGACCGCCCUGCACGCGGCUGUUGAAGGAGUCCACCCCGACUGUGUGCAGCUGCUCCUGGGGGCCGGCAGCAGUGUGAACACCCUCACUCAGAAAGAGCAGAGCUGCCUCCACUACGCAGCCCUCAGUGGCUCUGAGGACGUGGCCCGGGCGCUCAUCCACUCAGGGGCCUGCACCAACGUGUCCGAUCGUCAGGGAGCCUCGCCGAUGCACCUUGCCGUGAGGCACAACUUCCCUGCACUGGUUCAGCUCCUCGUCGAUGCCGGCAGUGACCUGGACGCCACGGACAAUAGGCAGCAGGCGCCCCUCCAUCUCGCCGCGGAGCACGCCUGGCAGGACAUAGCGGAGAUGCUCCUGGUUGCAGGGGUCAACUUGAAUCUGAGAGAUAAGCAAGGGAAGACUGCUCUGGCAGUGGCCGCCCGCAGCAACCACGUCGUCCUGGUGGACAUGAUCAUAAAAGCCGACCGCCUCUACAAGUGGGAGAAGGACCACCUCUCACUCAGGGACCCUGGUGAUCCCUCUGGGAAGAGUCUGACCUUUAAGCAGGAUCAUCGGCAGGAAACUCAGCAGCUUCGCUCUGUGCUGUGGCGACUGGCCUCCAGGUACCUGCGGCCACAGGAGUGGAAGAAGCUCGCGUAUUGCUGGGAGUUCACUGAGGCCCACGUCCAUGCCAUCGAGCAACAGUGGACAGGCACCAAGAGCUACCAGGAGCAUGGCCAUCGGAUGUUGCUCAUCUGGCUGCACGGUGUGGCCACAGCGGGUGAGAACCCCAGCAAAGCGCUCUUUGAGGGCCUCGUGGCCAUUGGCAGGAGGGACCUGGCUGGUAAGAGCACCCUCUGCCCAGCUCCUGCUCAGGGCAGAGCUGGGCCCCAGGGUCCCGGCUGCAUGGCCCCCACUGGAAUGCAGCAGGUUCUUCCAAGGGUUGUGCAAAUCACAGUGCCGGGGCGCCGGCUCUGA